AGCCGUUUCCUUUCACACACAGACUCUGUCUCUGUCUCUCUCUCUCUAUCUCUCACGCACGCGAGCACACAGAGGCUACUCCGACUCCCCAUUUUUGCUUUUCCUCUGCCAGAUAAUGCACAGCCCAUAAAAUCUUCGGGAAAGUUCGCCCCUAAUUUUCGACACGAACGCUGCAGAGGGGAAAGAAAAGGAGGAGCUUUCUAAUAUGGCUUUGAAUGGCCUCGCCACCGCAGUGUUGCUGUUGCUCGUUCACAUUGGCCUGCUCUUGAGCUCCUGUUACGCUGAUGAUCCGUUCGUCUUCUUCAAUUUCAAGGUCUCCUACAUCACUGCCUCUCCGCUCGGUGUUCCUCAACAGGUUAUUGCUGUUAAUGACAAGUUUCCAGGACCAACUAUCAAUGUCACCACUAACGACCAUGUCGUCGUCAAUGUUCGCAACAAGCUGGACGAGAGUCUUCUUAUGCAUUGGUCCGGAAUACAGCAGCGGCGGAGUUCAUGGCAAGACGGUGUUCUGGGGACUAAUUGCCCCAUUCCUCCAAAGUGGAACUGGACUUACCAGUUUCAGGUCAAGGAUCAAAUUGGGAGCUUCUUUUACUUCCCCUCCACUAAUUUCCAGAGAGCAUCAGGCGGAUUCGGUGGCUUUAUUAUCAACAACCGGCCAAUAAUCCCUAUUCCCUUUGCGACUCCUGAUGGCGAUAUUGUUAUUCUGAUCGGCGAUUGGUAUACCAAGAAUCAUACGGCCUUGAGGAAGUCCCUCAAUGGUGGAAAAGAUCUCGGGAUGCCUGAUGGUGUUCUUAUUAAUGGGAAAGGACCUUACCAAUAUAAUACAACUCUGGUCCCGGAUGGUAUUGAUUAUGAAACCAUUACAGUCCACCCAGGGAAAACAUAUCGCAUCCGUGUGCACAAUGUGGGAAUAUCGACAAGCUUGAAUUUCAGGAUUCAAAACCAUAACCUCCUUUUAGCUGAGACUGAGGGGUCAUACACAGUGCAACAGAAUUAUACUAGUUUGGACAUCCACGUUGGUCAAUCAUAUUCAUUCUUGUUGACAACGGAUCAGAAUGCUAGCUCAGAUUAUUACAUUGUAGCAAGUGCCCGAAUGGUGAAUGAAUCUCUUUGGAAAAGAGUAACUGGUGUUGCCAUAUUGCAUUACACAAAUUCUAAAGGGAAGGCAGCUGGCCCUCUUCCUGAUGCACCGAACGAUGAAUUUGACAAAACCUAUUCUAUGAACCAAGCUAGAUCAAUCAGAUGGAAUGUGUCUGCCAGUGGGGCGCGACCCAACCCACAGGGGUCUUUCCACUAUGGCUCAAUCAACGUGACUGAUGUGUACGUAUUGAGAAACGCUCCUCCAGUGACGAUUGAUGGAAAACGGCGCACAACGCUAAGUGGAGUCUCAUUUGUGAAUCCUUCCACCCCAAUCAGGCUGGCUGACCAGUACAAAGUGAAAGGAGUAUAUAAGCUUGACUUUCCCAAGAAACCACUGACCGGACCGCCAAAGAUGGAAACAUCCGUGAUUAAUGGAACUUAUAGGGGGUUUAUGGAAGUAAUAUUGCAAAACAACGACACCAAGGUGCAGUCGUAUCACAUGAGUGGAUAUGCAUUCUUUGUAGUGGGGAUGGACUAUGGCGAGUGGACAGAAAACAGCCGAGGCACAUAUAAUAAGUGGGAUGGCAUUGCCCGCUCCACAAUCCAGGUCUAUCCUGGAGCAUGGACAUCGAUCCUCAUAUCCCUUGACAAUGUUGGAGUUUGGAACUUGAGAACAGAAAACCUUGACUCAUGGUACCUUGGCCAAGAAACUUACGUGAGGAUCAUCAAUUCAGAAGUGAAUAAUAAGACCGAGCUGCCCAUACCUGAUAAUGCUCUGUACUGCGGUUCACUUAGCCAUAUGCAGAAGCCCGAAGAUAUCUCUUCGGCAAUCACAAUCGCCACCAGUAGAUCAACCGUGGCUGUCACUCUGCUAACGAUACUCUGUGCUCUCAUAUCCGUCUCCCGCUAGGCAUCAUCGUCACCAUCUCCUUCUAGUGUCUCCCACGUGUCGCUUUGCCGGAUUGUAGCUUCUUAGUGAGGUUGGUUUGUGAGUGUUUUAGGGUGUGCCAUUCUAGCCUGUCCAUAAUUCAGUGGUUUCGACAUGUAUUCUUUUGAUCCACAGUCAGUCAAGUGUUCCGCUCGGGGUCCUUUCGUCUAAUUUAUUGUUGUCUUACAUUCUUUUGAUUAUCCCACAAUUGUAUGAAUGACUUAUGAACAGUUUUCAGAAGCAGAUCCAUUUUUCUGCA